GAUCACAUUUUGGAUAGAAAUAUUUUAAGUUACAUUAUCAACAAAAUGCUCGGCAACAAGAAAUCAAAAUUACUGCAAACUCUCGAGCAGUCCGUUCCACCCAUCGAACAAGAGGAUCUCAUACGUCAGAUCGUCGAGGAGAUCCGAAAGCCAUCGACGGAUCCCAUCGAGCUGUGCAACCACGUUGGGGAUUCCCAGAAGGAACAUCUACGUGUUCUACACAUGGAUCAUGCCCUCCAGUUUAAGCAAACGAUGGAGACCUACAAUGUCUCCCCCACAGCUGAAGAUUUGGAUCAAGUGAUGCCAGUCAAGGAUCAGGCGCUGGAAGAUAUGCUGGAGGUUCUCACAGAUAUGGCAACCGAGGAGGAAUAUGAUGCAGAAGACGAGGAGGGGGCUGAUGAGGGUGAAGACGAGGAUGAAGAUGAGGAGCCAGCAAAUGAUAAAGCUGAUAAGAAUACUGAGUUUGAUAUAAGCAAGAUCAUCCUUUAGAGAGAAAUACGUGGA